AUGUCGCAGUUUCGGGAUACGUUCACCAAAGACGAGCAGAGGGAGAACUUGCUCGACUACGAUGACAAUGCGUUUAUGUUCUUCUUAUGUAGCGUAACUGUUUGUAUCCUGAUACCGUGGACCUUCUUUUUCUUGCGGAAAUGUCUAGCUGUGUCGAACGCGUACCGACGAAAAUACCCAGAAAAGUCGUCAUCGGGUUCCAAGUUCAGAUACUGCCAGUGCAGUGCAUGCGUCGCACAGCGGGCAGAACUCCACAAGGAGCUUUCUCUUCUACGCAGCCGUUUCCUCACAAAAGGGCGGCUCAUAGAGGUAACGGCCCUGUUGUUGUGCUGGCUUGGCUUCAUCCUCAUUUGCCGCAACUUGCAAGAUGUUCACAGCAUAAAGACGUUCGACCCAUUUGAGAUUCUAGAUGUCAGCCCAUCAGCUACUCAGAGAGAAAUCAAAAAGGCCUACCGUCUGAUGUCUCUCAAGUACCACCCCGACAAGAAUGUGAAUGACCCAACGCAAGGCGCCCGGUUUAUAAUGAUAGCGAAGGCCUACCAGGCACUUACUGACGAGGUUGCGAAGAAGAACUAUGAAAAGUACGGAAACCCUGAUGGACCCGGCGGUAUGAAAAUUGGCGUCGGGCUUCCUCGUUUUCUGGUUGAAGAAGGCAAUCAGCUCUUCGUCCUCUGCUUUUUUUUCCUCUUUCUGUUGGUUGUCUUGCCCAUGAUCUUUCUUUGCUAUUACCAGCGACAGAAGAAAUAUGCACCUAACGGAGUUAUGGUUGAAUCUGUACAAUUCCUUACACACGUUAUGACGGAAGGUACUCGCCUCAAGAACCUGCCUGAGCUUCUCGCCGCCAGCGGAGAGAGCCGCGCAAUGAAGAUUGAACGCGAAGACGAUAACGAUAUGAAACAGAUAUGCGAUAGCGUUGUGGAAACAAAGAAACGCGUUUUCACAAUGCCCGUAAUUGUUAGGGAUUCGCUGCCAAUAACCCAGUGCAUGAUGGAGGUCUCUGUCUUGAGUGACUGGUAUCUGACUGCGGAUUCGGUUCUAGAAUUCCGUCGCUGCCUGGUUCAAGCUAUUAGCGGAAGGUCCCAGUCACUUUUGCAAAUCCCGCACUUUGAUGAGGAUGUCAUCCGCCACUGCCACCGAGGAAAGAAUGUUAUUCGUGAGUUGGGAGAUUUCUUGCGUCAAGAGAGCGAUGAACGGCGAGGCACCAUCGAUAUGACGCCUGAGCAGCUGGCGGACAUUCAGGCUUUCAGCAGCCAUGUUCCAAACAUCGAUAUUCAAGCAGAAAUCGUUGUGGAUGACGAAGCUGACAUUGUUGUUGGCGACAUCGCGACUUGUCGCAUCAUUCUCACCCGAAAGAACUUAAAGGAAGGAGAGGCUGCUGGAGCAGUACAUGCGCCAUUCUUUUCCGAGCCUAAAUACGAGGAAUGGUGGAUUUUUUUGAAAGAAAAGGGAGACGGCCCCGCGGGAGGCCGCCUCAUCAACUUCGUGAAGUCUAGAAAUUUGGAGCGAGUAGUCCGCGAAAACUUGCAAUUCAGGGUGGGAAGGCCAGGAAAGAACACAAUGACGGUCGUUGCCUUAUGCGAUUCUUAUGCUGGUGUGGACGCAUCAAUCGACGUGGACUUCAGAGCCUAUACGCCUGAGGAGAAGCCGCGUGAGGUUUUUGUGCAUCCGGAAGAUGUCAAACUGGAUGAAGAGCCAACUCUAUUUCAGCAGAUGCUUGGGGACGUCUGCAUCAAUUCCAGUGAUGAAGAAGAGGAGAUCGACAUGGACGAAGCCCCGAAGGUAGUGCGAAAGAAGCCCACUCCGGAUGCCGAUGGACAAGCGUCUUCGAAGGAACCGGCCUCAGAGAAGCCCGGACAAGGCAGUGAACAAGCAGCUCCAACUGCUGAUCUACAGCAGAGUCAAGAAGUACGUAUGAAUACACCAAAGUUCCAGCCACACGGCCAUUACAUCGUGCCAGCUCUGUUACAGGAUCCAACCCCCAGCAUCUCUAAGUGGUUGUGCUCUAUUUAUGAAGUUAUUUAG